UAGCAAGGAUUUGAUAGUGUGUAUCUUGUUUUUGGGCUUCUUACAUCUUCUGUCUCUGUUGUAACCAUCGCGAUCAUCUCUAUCGUUGUGCCGGCGAGGACUCUCUCGUCUGUCGCCGUCUCGGCCUCUGCGCUGGUCUCUGCCGCCUCGGGUUCUGUCCCCUCCACGGUCUCGUCGGUGAUUAUCUGGUGAUGCGGAACGAUCAUUCUGGUUGUCGCGUCGGUCUCGCGAUCGUGAUCUGUAGUUUCGACGGUCUCGUCCCCGGUCACGGUCACGGCCUCUUCCUCUGUCUCGAGUGUCCCAGCCGCGCUCGCGAUCACGGUCUCGGUCUCGGUCUCGACCGGCGUUUCUGUCGCGGCGAUCUGAUUCAUCCCACAUUUGGCGGCUGUCGGGUCGCCUGGGUCGACGUGAGUCGCUCAUUGUGUGUAUUUUAUCUUGGUGUUUUAAACCAGAGGAAGAAUAAGAUGCGAAUUUCUUUGGUUGGGAGUAAUUGGGAUAUGACGUCGGGUAGUGUCGCAGCUAAAGUUUAGAAUCUUUUGGGCCAGGCUGAAGACAAUGGAAUUACAGGGGUAGGAGGCUGAAGUUGUGGCUGGGGUGGCUUAUCAGAGCGCCUUGAUUGGCCAUCUGGAGCUUUUAUCCGCUGUAGCUCAUCAGCCUUGCAUUCACCCACCAAGGACCAGCGCCACCGUGUUCACUCAGCAGGGCAGCUGUCUUUAGUGAGGAAGACAGCUCUUUCAUACCAUUGGUAUUUGUUUUUUCUUUUUUUUUUUUUUUUAUAAAGAGUAACUUCUGGUAAGAAAUCUCUUUGUAUAGAGCUGAGCUCUGAGAAACAAUCAUGGCGAGAUUCGCCCAAUUGCUGGCCUCAGCGGCGGCGCUGGUCGCUGGUGCCUCCGCUAUUGGCGAUGAAUCUAUCCUGAUCAACGAAAUUGGCCGCCUGAACAACCAGAGUCUGCUAUGGGGCCCGUACAAGCCAAAUCUCUAUUUUGGAGUGAGGCCGAGGCUGCCCCAAGGCCUGUGGACUGGUUUGAUGUGGGGGAGAGCUGAGGGGUACACGGAUAUCCAGCAAUUAUUCCGAUAUACAUGCGAGCAAGGCCAAGACAUUCAUGGAUACGGCUGGGAUGAGUUUGAUGCACGAACUGGUGGUGUUCAAACCAUACACGAUGAGGGAAACGGCCUUGAUGUCACUAUUUCUUUCAUUAAAGUGCCUGGAGGCAGCCAUGGUGGCAGUUGGGGCGCCAGGAUAAAGGCAACUGUCCGGGACGAUGCACCGCCUGACAGCAAUUAUCUGGUACACUACUACGUUGCUCAAGAAGAACUAGGUGAUCUUAUCGUCCAGGGCGAUGAUAAUGGUGGACUCGGGUUUGAGGGUGAUGUCACUUUCAAGGGUAGCUCCCACUCCUUAGGAGACUACAACGUCGUCAUCACCAAGGGAACCGGUAACCAUCCAACAUCUGAUCAUGAAAUAAGCGCUACUCGACGUGGAGACACUACAGUGGUUCGAAGCGUCAGCCUCGCGGCGAACGAUGUGUGGCAGGCCAAGCCAGCAGUGUUCCAAUUUAUGCAGGAUACCAUCAAAGAUAUGCAACAGGACUAUGACGAGGAGAAUUUCCCUCCGCCAUGGCAGAUUUAUCGAAUCAAGUCUCAGGCGGGCGGCGGCAAUGCUCAUGUCGUUCAAAAAGUCUUUGAGGGAGGAUUCGAAUUCGACAUCAUCUUCUCAUCAGCCUCUGCGGGUAAGGAGAUGACGAGCAAAGACAUCACUCGGGAGAUCAAGGUGGCUUCAGAAUCCUUUGGAGAGCGGUUCUCAAGUGUUUUUGAUUUGAAGGCGCCUUACACGGCUGAAAAGUACCAGAAGUUUGGCAAGAGCAUGUUUUCAAAUUUGAUUGGAGGCAUUGGAUAUUUCCAUGGCCACCAGUUGAUUGAUCGGUCUUAUGCGGACGAGUAUGAAGAAGAGAAUGAAGGCUUCUGGGAGGAUACAGCUGAAGCUCGCGCUCGCAAGGCCCAGCAGCUAGAAGGCCCGUAUGAGUUGUUCACAAGCGUUCCAUCACGACCAUUCUUUCCACGAGGAUUCUUCUGGGAUGAGGGAUUCCACCUCAUCCCGAUUGCUGAUUGGGAUAUCGACUUGACCCUUGAGAUUGUCAAAAGCUGGUACAACACCAUGGACAGCGAUGGAUGGAUUCCCCGUGAGCAGAUUCUUGGCCCAGAGGCAAGAAGCAAAGUGCCACCGGAAUUCCAAGUCCAAUACCCCCACUACGCCAACCCACCCACUCUGUUCUUGAUCAUUGAGGACUUUAUGGAACGCCUACGAAGCGCCAACGGCAGCGCACCCGCUGAAAAAGAGAAACUGUCUCAGGGACAUACCUUGUACAGUGCUCAUCUGGAUAACCUGGAACUUGGCGGAGAUUUCCUUCAAAAGAUUUAUCCUCUUCUCCGACGACAAUACGAUUGGUUCCGCAAGACACAGAGGGGCCAGAUUAAGGCAUAUGACCGAGAAUCAUUCUCUUCCAAGGAGGCAUACAGAUGGAGGGGCCGAACCGAGACCCAUUGUCUUACCAGCGGCUUGGACGAUUAUCCCCGGCCGCAGCCACCUCAUCCUGGCGAGCUCCAUGUUGACCUCAUGUCUUGGGUUGGAUUCAUGACAAAGUCGCUCAUCAGCAUUGCAGAUGCACUAAACCUGGCUGAUGAAAUUGAAGAGCUAAAGAAGAAUCUUUUUGCCAUCGAGCGCAACCUUGAUGACCUUCACUGGUCCGAGAAGGAAGGAUGCUACUGCGAUGCAAGCAUUGAUGAAUUUGAGGAGCACGCUCUCGUAUGCCAUAAGGGUUAUAUCUCGCUGUUCCCGUUCUUGGUCGGGCUGAUGCAGCCCGAUGAUGCCAAGCUGGGCAAGAUCCUUGAUCUGGUUGGUGAUGAAGACCACUUGUUUAGUCCUCAUGGGCUACGUAGUCUGAGCAAGCAAGAUGCUCUGUAUGGAACUGAAGAGAAUUACUGGCGCAGCCCGGUCUGGAUGCCAAUCAACUACAUGGCAUUGACGCAAUUAUAUAAAAUUGGCACCCAAGAGGGUCCCUUCCAGCGCCAAGCCAGGGGUUUGUAUAACAAGCUGCGCACGAAUCUGGUUGAUACGGUGUACAAGAGCUGGGAGGAGACGGGCUUCGCGUGGGAGCAGUACAAUCCUGAGACGGGCGCUGGUCAGCGCACGCAGCAUUUCACCGGCUGGACGAGCUUGGUGGUGAAGAUUAUGGCGAUGGAGCCGCUGGACGAGGCUGUGCACAUUAGAGAUGAGCUGUAAAUGUGAGUCUGGUUGAUGCCUUAGAGGAUAGACGAAUUGGAAUUGAACCGCCAUCUCGAUGAGACAUUGUUGCAGAAAAAGCAUUGGAUAAGAAAAUUGGACCUCGCAUCAUCCUAGGCCUGAGCGUGACUCUCAGCCCCGGAAAGAAGAUUAAGUGAGUUUGAUUGACGCCAGUUCUGGUUGAUGCCUUGGAGGAUAGACGAAUCGGCAUCGCCAUCUCAAUGGGAAAUUGUUGUAGAAAAGCCAUUGGAUGAGAAAACCGGACCUCGCAUCAUCCUGGACGUGGCGUCGACCCCUGAAAGAAGCUUCUAUGCGAGUUAAAAGGCUCUGUUCGUAAUCCUGCGGGAUGUAGGAGGUAAUAUGAGAUCAUUGGGCUCGUUGGGCUGCCGCGUAGAUGUACAUGGUCAGACGUGGCUGCUGCCCUUCAUCCCCGGGUUUAGCUACUCUGCACGCCUAAUUGGCGAUGCACGUCGACGUCGAUGGCAAUAACAUGGCCCGUUAUUAAAUGAGAUUGGCGAAUGCUGUGCGCCGCCAUUAUACGCAUGUUCGCAUCCUUAGCGGUGUGAUAUGCCCUGCAUCCCUUUUCUGCCAAGUAGAUGCGAACGACAUCCGUUGGUCAUAGAAGACCAAAAUUCAAUGCCAAAUCUCCUG